UGAUGAAACAACACUAAAUCUUCUUAUGAGUUAAUAUGAUGAUCCAAUAACUUAGAUUUUUUCCAGGUGAAUUCUCGAAUCGAGUCGGGAUCAGGGUCAAACUAAGAUUUCUCAACCCAAACUAGAAGCAAACAGGCUUUUUCUGAAAGAUUAGGGAUAAAGUUGGUAUUUGGCCAAAAGUUGAAGCGCUAAGCCCAGAAUGCACAAACCGCAUCCAAAUACAGAGACGAGUUUCCUUCACCUCGCACACGCCAUUUCACUGUGACUGUAUCUCAAACUUGGAGCGUAACGGUCAUUUCAUGGCAAUUAAUCCGCAGAGCUUUCUAGGGUUUCUCUCUCUCACCAACAAAAUCACCAGGUACCGCUUGCCUCACAUUCUUCGCUCUUCAAUUCCAUUUUCAACCCUAGACCCUCCUCAAUUUACCACUUCUCAUGAUAAUAUCAAGCUUCAAUCUAAUCUCGACGAGGAUUACGUUCUUAAUGAACUCUCUAAUCUGUUACCAAUCUCUCCUAAACCACCAAUUCCUCACCCAUACAACCACGAUCGUUCGAUUAGUAAUAAGCAAGUCGAAAUCAGACCCGUUUUUGAUCGAUUUUUAUCCCCUGAAGAGAAAUUAAGAGGAGUUUUUGUUCAAAAAAUCAAGGGUAAAUCUGGAAUUGAACGUGCUCUAACAGAAUGUAGUGUGGAUUUGAGUCUUGAUGUUGUAGCUAAAGUGCUUAAUAGAGGGAAUUUAGGCGGGGAAGCUAUGAUUAUGUUUUUUAAUUGGGCGAUUAAGCAGCCUAUGAUAAGUAAGGAUGUUGACAGUUACAAUGUAGUCAUUAGAGCACUAGGUAGAAGAAAAUUUAUUGAUUUUAUGGUGAAAUUUUUGCAUGAGUUGAGGGUAGAAGGUGUGAGCAUGAAUUCGGAGACGUUGUCGAUUGUAAUUGAUAGUCUAGUUAGGGCCCGUCGAGUUUAUAAAGCAAUUCAAAUGUUUGGGAACUUAGAAGAAGAGUUUGGGUUUGAGCGUGAUGCGGAGUCAUCGAAUGUGCUUUUGCAAUGUUUGUGUAGAAGGUCUCAUGUAGGUGCUGCGAAUUCGUACUUCAAUUCAUUGAAGGGGAAAAUACCGUUUAAUUGUAUGACGUAUAAUGUAAUCAUUGGUGGGUGGUCAAAGUUUGGUAGAGUUAGUGAAAUGCAGAGGGUUUUUGAGGAAAUGGAAGAAGAUGGUUUUAGUCCUGAUUGUUUGAGUUUUAGUUACCUUCUUGAGGGGUUAGGAAGAGCUGGUAGGAUUGAAGAUGCUGUUAUGAUGUUUGGUAGUAUGGAGGAGAAAGGUUGUGUACCGGAUACUAAUGUUUACAAUGCCAUGAUUUCUAAUUUCAUUUCAGUUGAGAAUUUUGAUGAGUGCAUGAAGUAUUAUAGGUGUUUAUUGAGUAAGAAUUGUGAUCCCAAUAUUGAUACUUAUACAAGAAUGAUCUCUGGUUUGAUCAAAGCUAGUAAAGUGGCUGAUGCUCUUGAAAUGUUUGAUGAGAUGUUGGAUCGAGGGAUGGUUACUAAAACAGGGACUGUAACUUCUUUUAUUGAACCUCUCUGUAGCUUCGGCCCACCCCAUGCUGCAAUGGUGAUCUACACAAAGGCAAGAAAAGUUGGCUGUACAAUAUCGCUAAGUGCUUAUAAGCUAUUGCUGAUGCGGCUUUCCAGAUUUGGUAAAUGUGGAAUGAUGUUAAAAAUAUGGAAUGAGAUGCAAGAAAGUGGUUAUUCUUCCGACAUGGAAGUUUAUGAAUACCUCAUCAGUGGGCUUUGCAACAUAGGACAGUUUGAAAAUGCUGUCCUUGUCAUGGAGGAGUCUAUGCGCAAGGGCUUUUGCCCGAGCAGGUUCAUCUGUAGCAAACUAAAUAACAAACUGCUUGCUUCAAAUAAAGUUGAGAGCGCUUACAGGCUAUUUUUGAAGAUCAAACAUGCUCGUCACAGUGAAAAUGCGAGGAGAUGUUGGCGUUCUAAUGGCUGGCACUUUUGAACAGGCAUCUUCUGUAUUGACAAGUGACAGUUUUCAGUGGGAAAUAGUUAGAUGCUUGUGGAUUACAGAGAUAAACUGUGAAGUUCACGAUGGUGAAAAGCCAACUUCUCGUGACUCUGAACUGCUGCAGACUGUUGUCAUUAUGCCAUAAACAAAGGAAGAGAGAAUCAUAAGAAACACUGACUGUAACUUACUGAGUGAGAAAGUAGCAGAGUGACAAGAAAACACACAGCUGGAAAUGGCAAAUUUAAUCCAGGAGCCAGAUUCAGAAGGCCAAAACCUAUAAUUAGCACCUCACAUAGAGGGAUGCACAGUGCGGAUUUGUACAUAGAAGGCAAGAAAGAGAGAUCAAACCCUGGAUUCAUAUGGCAGACAUGAGGUGUUCGUGUAGCAGACUUUGCAGGAAGGGGUUUUCUGUACUUGAACUUAGAUGCAUGUUUGUCUUGCUUCUCUGUUUGUCCAUCCAUGACAGCGCGACCUUGAUUUGGGUUUGAUGUGUCAUAAAUCAGUUCGGUUUAAGUGUCGUUCCUUUCCUUAUUUUGGGAACAAUGAUCUCCAUAGCCAAGGGCUUGCCUAAUGGUAUAGGUGUUGACCUCAUUGACCCUGGCUGUUGUGCCAUUAGAGUGAGGAGUGACCCAUGAUGGAUGGGGCUGGGUAAUCAUCAGUAAGGUGCAGCCUUGAUCUUCAUUUUAUUUUUCAAGAAGCUUGCUGCUAGCCCACGUGGUGUUUCCAGUGAUGUACAACUUCUGGAAAACCUAUGGGUGAGCUGUUGGGGCUAACAUUUCUGGUUGUGGUUUAUAUUCAUGUAAAGACCAAGGAGUGACUAAUAUGUGGAAAGCUCCUACCUGCAAAUAAAGGGAAAAAAAACAUAUAUCCAGGCAAUAAAGGGAAUAUGCAUGGAUUUAUGACUUGAGAAGCACCAUUCAAUUCUCUCCCAGGGAUUAGCAACGUCGUUUGCUAGGUUCAAGAGGACCACCGGAUAGCUUUUGAUCUUUACUUCUUAUUGUUUGUCACAAUCAACCAGCAGUACUUUUAAGGUUGUGCAGGAAGACUUCUGUCCCAAAAAGUUUAAGAAUGGAGGAUCAGGCUGAAAAUUCUGGCAUGUUAGCUAAUCAAGCUGAGCUGGGGGCUACAUUGCUUUCGCCAUUGUCUACAGUUAUCCUGGACAUUUUUCUUUUUUAUUGUAUUUCUACUGGGAUCCUGAUCUGCACACUCAGCAACAUGUCUAAAGAUGCCUUUUCAGGUUCUGCUUUGCUCUGCGCAUCAUUUUUUCCCUCUAUCUUCUUGACCAGUGCUUGGAUUCAGCUUCAUAGGGAUGUUAUUGCACCGACUGUAUACUCAUGGGAUUCUCCAUCCAAGGUUGGCGAGUCUCCUGAUCAAUCUAAGGCGAAGCUUGCGCUUGUAAAUCCAUUGGCUUUCCUCUCUCUUUUUUGACUCUGGUUAGUUUUGCUGCAUUCAUACAUCUUUACUUGGACGUUAUGACAUGGGAAAGGCUUAUUAUACCACAGACAAAACUUGCCAUACCCCAGACAGCUUGCAGCAUUUUAUUUCAUGGGUCGGUUUGCUCCUCUGUCUCAUCGCCGUCCCCAUCUGCAUAAGAAAUUAAAUCACAAUAUAAUUUAACUAGUGUUGAGGUAAGAUACAACUUGUAGUACAAAACUUUCUAUUUUUCAAUUUUACUGGAACAUCAUUGGUUUGUA